AUGUUUCACUUUCUCCGUAGCCUAGUGGGGGGCAAGAGCAGCUCUAAGAGGUCUGACAAGGCCUUGGCUUGGAGCCGGCCCAGCUCAUCACAGGAGCACGAUGCUGUCUCCCCAAGAAUGGUCCGCAGGGGAGGUCGCAGGAGGAGGGAGCCACAGCUAUGCACCAUGGUGCCUACAGUCUUCUCUGUGGCCUCCUCAAACCUGUGGGUGCAUGAUGCUCUUGGGCUGGGCGUGAGGGACAUAGGAUGUCAGACCCUCACCCCUAAUGAGGCCCUGAAGCUCAGAGCCCAGGGUAGAGAGGUAGUAACAUCAGUCCCCACCAGAGGAAGCCGGGAGGUUCUGGGCCAUCUGUUCAAGAAGGAGAAGAAGGAAGAGGAGGAGGAACGAGCAGGGGAGGCCUCUGGGGCAUCAGGGGCCUCAGAUAGAGACCACUUGGCCCAGGCCCUGGAGGUGGAGCAAGGAUGCCUACAGUGGGUUCCAGGUCCACUGGCACUCAGUGCUGGGGCCUUCAUCAAGGAGGAAGAGGGGCACUGCUUAAUUGAGAUUGGAGACCUCAGGAUAACCUCUUGCAAGGUGGGGUCCACGCCCUGGAACUACCUCCUUGGCUUGUACAAACAGCUCCAGAAGUCAGUCAUCGCCAAGUUUCCUCUCAAGGACGCCUUGCCCCGGGAAGAGAGAGAGGAGAAAGAAGAAAUGGAGGGAGAGGACAGCUCCCUCAAGCUGUGUGCCCCACAAGUUGCCACCUUCCAGUCUCCACUGUAUAAGAGUUUUAGGUCCACAGAUACAGUGGGUUUCAUGGAGUCUGAGUUGAAGAAGAUUCUAUCGGUACAACGAGAGUCCCGCCUCUGGAAGGUGGGCAGCCUGGAGGGCCGGGAGCUGUUGACCCAGCCAGAGAAUGCCAGCAUGGUAGAUGGCCAGCACCUGCUCCUGGAGGAGAUGGAUGAGAUGGGAAACUGGCCUCGGGAGUAAGGCCCGUGCCAGCAGGAGCCCACCCUGCCCACACCUCUGGGGCCCUAAUAUGGCAUGUGUCUCUCUUUCUGGGACAUACCCAAGGAGUCCCUGAGGCCCUGGGCUUUGGGAUGAGUAGUGUCCUGUGUAUGUGGGGUGGGCCUCCCCAGCACUGUCCCUCCCUAUCAGAUUUGGGCAGAUGAUGUUAUUAAUAAAAACUUAGUUUAACAUUA